UUAAGAAAGGUAUCCUUCUUAACUUCAUUAUAGCGUUAAAUCAUAGCCAUUAGAAAGAGAAUCUCGAUGCAAUACUGAGUGGUGGAUUUACCAGAUUGUCGGAACUCAUAUAUAAAUUUCUUGUAUUAAAAAGUUAUGGUUAACUGAUUUUAUAAGGAACCCUUCGAGUUGUUUUUCUUAUAACAAGUCUACCUUUUACCUCAUAACCUCUGUGACUCCCCUGAGAUUAUAAUAUUGAAUUUUUCAAUAUUAUGAAUAUGAGCCAAACUAAUGAGUUAGUUAGUCCAGACUUUUCCCUUCCUCCAGAGAAUACUCCGCUUGGAAAGCAUUUGAGAAAAAAUUUUCCUGCCUUAUUUGCUCAGUAUAGCGUUGAAAAAGAUUCCGAUCCUAAAACUUUAACAACUUUGACAGUCCGCGAGGAAACAGUUGCACCACACUCGACACCCUCAAAUUUUUUAUACUUAGACGAAAGCGUAGAGCCCUGCGUUGUCUCUUGUGGGCCAGAACAGAGUACAACCGCUUUUUUGCAUCAGCUGGAGGAAGUGGAGUGUAGUGACGUUGUGGUGCCGGAACCAACCAGUACUGCAUCUCUGCCUGCCUUGAGACAGCGCUCCUCGUCUUUGCUUACGAUUCAAGGAGACGCUUCUCCUCUCGACUCUGUAGGGAUGCUAACCCCGCAGCUUCCUCAACGUGCAAAGACUGAGACUGAAGAAUUUAAGCCAGGAAUGCAUUUAGUUUUUGCGUCGGAAGUAACGCUUUCGCAAAAGAAGUCGAACUCUGUAGACGAAGAAGUGAAGGCCGUCUUACCUGCUAGUGCGCGUUUUGAUCUCAGAUCACCUCAACGUCGAAAGAAAUUAUUUUGUCGCAUUUUCAGUUCCGUUACUUUGCGGACCAGCAAAGCAACCGCGCAAGUUCUUCCCGAAGGCGGAUUUUCGUUCGUUUAUCGAGAAUUUGUGGCUCCCUCCAAUUACGAACACCUACGUCAACAAGUUUUUCGGGACUUUUUGUUUCUGAUCAACUUCGAUGAGGAGUUCUACGAGGAGCUUUUGACUUUUCUCAGACAUUCAUAUUCUAUAAAAGGCGGAAACACUUUGAGAUUUUUGCGGGAAACUUCCGGCUUUCUCUUACUGGUCCGUGAGCAGAACACACCGGCCACUGAAGUGGCUGGGCUUAUUUUGUACCUGUACAACAAGUAUAUCAAAGAAACCGCCGCCUUUCACGUGGAAUUGCCGGAGGAACUUGUGCGGGCGGUUGGCGGCAACGUGACGUCAUACGGCAGCCCAGCGGAAGGCCGAAAAAGGGAAGCGCACAACAGCCACCGUCUAAGCGUCUCGCUGCUAUCUGUCUUCAUCCCAUCGCUGCGGGACGCUACUUUGCUGCUGGUGCUGCAGGUCGUCCCUUUUCUCGAGAGUACUGCCAGACUGAGCACGUUCUGCGGGGAGCUGGCGAGGUGCCGACCAAUGCUAGAGAAGAAAAGCAUCUUCCGGGAAUUUGUGUGCAAAGAGCUUUUCGGCGAGUUGAUAGUCAACUACAAGAAGUUGCUUUUGCAGAUCUGCUCUAUAAAACUUGUUCGAGACGAAUUUCGCAAGGCUCUCGAUUCUGAGUGCUCCGCUGAGAAUUUGGACUUUUACCAUAAGGCCAGGACAUACAAAAGCAACUACGAUUCAUCUACUCCAGAAAUAAAUAUCGUGACUGCUGAAAAGAUAGUUUCGUGUUACAUCCAAGAGGGAGCUGAAAAUGAAAUAAACAUAUCGGACGGCGCCCGGAAGUCGUGCUUGACCGGGUCCAACGCAAAGCACAUGUUUGACCUCGCCAUUCGCGAGGUCGAAAUGUUUUUGACGACAGCCGUUUCACGGUUCUCUCAGUUUUCAAUAGUGAAACUUUGCGGUUUGCUUUCCGGUGGACGUUUCAAAGACGCUUGACACUCUAGUUUGCAAUGCAUAACGUUAAUGUGAAAAAAGGACUAGACAUCAGUGAAAGUGCUUGAACGGAAACAUCUCUUUUGAGUAUUCCCCGAUUGUUAGUCGAAGUGCC